CCUCUUAUCAUCUUCUUCAUCCACUCUUCCUCUGCAAUCGAACAACCAGCGACCAUGUCUCUCGCCUCCUCUCUCCUCCACCCUCUCCACUCCCUCAAGCUCUCCGGCGGCGGCGGCGGCUCCGGCUCCGGCUCCGGCUCCUCGACGUUCCUCCAUGGGACCGCCCCGCUCUCCCUCCUCGCGAAGCCCGCCGCCGUCUCCCUCCCCGCCCCUCGCCGGCCCGCCACUUCCCUGCCCGCCAUCCGGGCGAUGCGCUCCCUGCAGGGCCGCGUCGUCUGCGCCACCAGCGACAAGACCGUCGCCGUCGAGGUCACGCGCCUCGCCCCCCACCCCAAGUACAAGCGCCGCGUGAGGAAGAAGAAGAAGUUCCAGGCCCACGACCCGGAGAACCGGUUCCAGGUCGGCGACCUCGUCCAGCUCGAGAAGAGCCGACCCAUCAGCAAGACCAAGACCUUCAUCGCCGUCCCGGUCGCCCCAAGGAAGUCGAAGGCGGCGAGCAAGAGCGGGGGCGAUGGGGAGGGCGAGCUUGGCCUGCCGUUGGAGUCGCAGGGUCAGCAGGAGGGUUGAGAUUCGGGGUUCGUUGUUGGAAAUCCUUGCUUCUUAAGUAUGGAUUCUUUCUUGCCUUUUCUUCGGAUUCCCAUUAUCUGUAAUGGGUUGAAUUGUAUUUCGACGAAGUUCAUGAUUGAGCAUAGUGGAUUCUGGAACUCUGUCGUCGCUGAACUUUCGAAUGAGUUGCGUAACAACUGAGCUAGACGCUAUUUGGAUAAGGAUUAAAAAUAAGAUUCUGGAAUCGACCA